AUGAAGAAUAUGGUGGAGCAGCACCGUCCACAAAUAUCCACCACCAAGCUUCUCAAUGCACAUAAUCAAUUCAAUGAUAUUGUUUUCCGUUUUCUUCUCUUUGGUUUUGGUUUAGGCUUGGGGAUCACUAUCGGUUUCUUCUAUUUCAAAGAUAGUUUCAUGGAUUUCCAACUCGACCAAUUCUCCGUUUCCCGUGUUUCGGUUCUCAUUAAUCCUCCUCCGCCACCUCCACCGCCACCACCACCUCCAUCUCUUCCCUCCAUUUCCAAUCAAACUAAGAGCCAUGUCGAAAAUCGCAUGUCGGCUAUUGUGAUUGAACCAUCCUCUCCGAUUGCACAACAUCCUGCACCAACUUCGUCGAUCGACACCGUUUCAAUCCGAACCAGGGAUUACAUAAAAGAAUUUUUUGAACCGCCGGAGACUAUGCAUAAUAUGACGGAUAGGGAGUUGUUUUGGAGGGCGUCCUUGGUUCCGAAAAUCCAAGAAUUCCCAAUCAAACGAGUGCCCAAAGUUGCAUUUUUGUUUUUGACGAGAGGAAAAGUAGUAUUAGCUCCACUUUGGGAGAAAUUCUUUCAAGGACACCAAGGCUUUUACUCCAUUUACGUCCAUUCUCAUCCUUCUUUCAAUCAAACAGUGCCCAAGAGUUCGGUGUUUUAUGACCGCCGGAUUCCUAGUAAGAACGUGAGAUGGGGAGAAAUGAAUAUGGUGGAAGCAGAACGCCGGCUAUUAGCAAAUGCUUUGCUUGAUAUCUCCAAUGAACGUUUCGUGCUUCUUUCAGAAUCAUGUAUUCCUCUCUUCAAUUUUUCUACUGUUUAUGAUUAUCUCAUAAAUUCGAACAAAUCUUUUGUGGAGACAUAUGAUUUACCAGGGCCAGUAGGUCGUGGUAGAUACAAUGAGCAGAUGGAACCUGUGGUUAACAUUGAGCAAUGGCGAAAGGGCUCUCAAUGGUUUCAGAUUGAUCGAUUUCUUGCCAUUGAGGUAAUCUCGGACCGAACAUAUUUUCCCGUAUUCUGGAAUUAUUGCAAAGAUGCAUGUUAUGGGGACGAGCAUUACUUGCCAACAUUUGUUAGUAUGAAAUUUUCGGAGAGAAAUUCAAAUAGAACUUUGACAUAUGUGGAUUGGUCCAAGGGAGGACCUCAUCCAUAUAGCUUUCUUAGAGAGGAUGUCACCCAAGAGCUUCUGGACAAGUUAAGAAAUUCCAACCGUUGUGAUUAUAAUGGAAGAGAAACCGACAUUUGCUACUUGUUUGCAAGGAAGUUUUCAGCAAAUGCUUUAGAAAGGUUGUUGAGAUUUGCUUCAAUUGUCAUCAACAUUUAG